AUACAACGUGAAUCCUUAAUCAUACGCGCAACUUCCGUUACGUUAGUGAACAAUACUCGUUUAUAUUUUUAUACGAUUGUAGAAAAGAUGGGUGAACCUUCUGGAUUGACUAACAGCGAAGCUCGUGAGCUUUGUAAGGAAGCAGACCCAAUGACAAAUGAUUAUAUUAUGCAACAAACAAUGUACCGUAUUAAGGAUCCUAAAAAAUCAUUACCUUUCUAUACAGAGGUUCUUGGAAUGCACUUGUUACAAAAGCUUGACUUUCCUGAAAUGAAAUUUUCUCUUUAUUUUCUUGGUUAUGAAAAUCCUAAGGAUAUACCAACGGACAGAAGAGAAAGUAUUGAAUGGACUUUCUCUAGAAAAGCAACUAUUGAAUUGACCCACAAUUGGGGUACAGAAAUGGAUCCAGAUGCAAAGUACCAUAAUGGAAAUUCAGAUCCUAGAGGAUAUGGUCAUAUUGGUAUUGCAGUACCUGAUGUAGAUCAAGCAUGCGAAAGAUUCGAAAAGCUUAAUGUUGAGUUUGCGAAAAGACCUAACGAUGGUAAAAUGAAAGGCAUUGCUUUUAUCAAAGAUCCAGAUGGUUAUUUGAUUGAAAUUUUAAGUCCAGUUACUGUGGCGAACAUUAUCAUUAAUCAUUAAGAUAUUCUAUAUUUUUACAUACAGACGAAAUUAAAUAUAAUAUAAACAAGUUUAACGAGCAAUGCAUAAUUGAAAUGAACAAACUGAAUAAACAUACCAAGCUCAUUAGAGUUUACUAACAAAUUUUAUUUUUAUGUGUGAAACAAACAUAUAUAUAUAUAUAUAUAUAGAUAUAUAUAUAUAGUAAUUGUACAUUCUAUUUCUAGAUCACGUAAUAUGUACAGUAGUAUGUGUAUCUGUAAA